AUGGCUUUGGCCUUAACAUUGGCAUUGCCAAGGUAUAUCGUCCUCAAAUCCAAUGACAAGAUCGAUUACUUGGGCUACAUCCAUGAUGAUGGGGAGUCUAAUGGGUAUAUCCGGUUCAUGGAAACCCAGGCUGUGAGUCCAUAUGCAAGAUUCGAAGUGGAGACUGCUAGCACUAAUGGCUUGGUGCACAUAAGGAGCUGUCAAAACAAUAAAUAUUGGGUACGAACCAAAAAUCUUUCAAUCACUGGAAAUCCAGCGGAGCAAUACUGGAUUACUGCAACCGCCGUCAAGCCGGAGGAAGACCAAUCCAAGGAGUCGUGCACGUUGUUCAAGCCUAUCUCUGUAGACCCUGCAACAAAUGCGGUUCGAAUUAUGGACGUCCAAUCAGGAUGCUAUUUAUGCUUAUGGCGGUUUAACAAUCAAAAAUUUGCUCGCUGCGUGUUGGCAAAUUACAAAGUCUAUGAUCAUAAUAGCCUCGACAUCUUCACAAUUAUUGAUUGGCAGUCGUUGGUGAUUCUCCCUAGGUACGUAGCAUUCAAAGGAGAUAAUGAUCAGUAUCUGUGUCUUCGUCAGAUCCAGGGUUACCCAUAUUUGCAGUUUUCAACUAAUGAUAUUGGUGAUUCAUCCGUGCCAUGCGAGGUUUUCAACACUAAUGAUGGAGACGUCCGCAUCAAGACCAUUUCUUCCGAUAAAUUUUGGAGGCGCAGCCCAAAUUGGAUUUGGGCGGAUUCUAAUGACGUCAGCAGUAACAACAAGGACACCUUGUUUCGCCCCGUCAUAGUUAACAAUACGACAAUUGGUCUUCUUAACUUGGGCAACAAUAAUUUCUGCAAGCGCCUCACAACCGAGGGAAAGACGAACUGCCUUAAUGCAGCCGUCCCCAGUGUGACCAAAGAGGCCCAGCUAACGGUGGAGGAGCCUGUCUUGACAAGGGACAUUUAUAAUGUCAAAUAUGAUCUUGAUAAUUCUAGGGUCUACGACGAAAGAGUCCUCCUUGUUGCCAAGAAUUCUGCAGAUAACUAUACCCAGCAAUCUAGCACUUUAGACGUGAAACUUUCCUACACAGAUACCAAGACUAGUUCGUGGAAGACUAUGUUUUCGCUAAAGUUAGGUAUGAAAACCACCUUCGACGUCGGCCUUCCACUCAUUUUUGAGGGAAAAGUUGAAUUAUCCGGUGAAGUUCAAUCAACUACCGAGUGGGGAGAGACCACGACAUCAACCUCUGUUGUGGAAGUUGUCCACAAAGUUACUGUGCCUCCAAUGACUAAGGUGACGGUACAUCUAAUUGCAACAAAUGGUAAGUGUGAUGUUCCCUUCACAUUCAUGCAAAGAGACACUCUUUAUAAUGGAGCCACUGUUACGACUGAAGUGCAAGGCGGCACCUUCACUGUUUUAUCAUCAUUUGUUUGGUUUGAUUAUCUCGUGAAUUCUUUGAUAUUUACUGGUGCAGGCUGUUUCUUGACUGAUAAUAUUAAGGCUUUUUUUAUGAGCACGAGCCCCCACUCCCCCCUCGUUCGGUGUCUUUGCUCUGGAGAUGCAACGCAGGUCAGCCCCUACUUGGAAGAGAUUGAGUUGGUGGUUCAGAAAGGACUGAUUCCUUGGAAACAGAGUCUCUAUUGA